CCAUAUAAUCAACCAAGCCAUCAUCCGACCUACUGCGUACUACUUGUUAAAAGUCGACAGUCUACACGUUGGACCUACUUAGGGUUCUCCCCCAAUCGAGACUAGCGUCCUUCUGCCGCCUUUCGCCGCUCGCCGCCUCUUCGCCGAAUUCUGCCGUCGAGUCCCUCCGAUCAAUCUUCAUUCCUCCACUCACUCAGUCUCUCUCUUCCCCUCACGCUCUGCCCCUCUUUCAUUCUCUCUUGAACGCUAAUAGACCUACCUAGGCCUUUCUGACUUGUGUUUUCAUUCUCUAUUUUGCUCACCAAAAAAUGCCUCCAAUUCCUAUCACCAUCGUCACCGGCUUCCUCGGCUCUGGCAAGACCACCCUUCUUCUCAACCUGAUCCCGCAACUGCCCGCCACCUACCGGCUCGCCCUCCUCAAAAAUGAAUUCGGCGACGUCGCCAUCGACUCCCAGCUCGCCUCCACACAGUCCAUCUCUGGCGUGCGCGAACUCCUCAAUGGCUGCAUUUGCUGCAACCUCGUCGGCCAGUUGAGCGAUGCGCUCGAGCAACUCCGCACAGAAGUCAACCCGGACCGCAUCGUCAUCGAGACCAGCGGGAGCGCCUUCCCCGCCACCCUGGCCAUGGAGGUCAACCGCCUGGCGCGCGAGACGCCCGGCAGCUUCGUGCUGGACGGGGUGAUCAGCGUCAUCGACGUCGAAAACUGGGAAGGAUACGAGGAUACCUCGUACACGGCGAAGCUCCAAGCCAAAUACACAGAUCUGAUUGUCUUCAACAAGUGGGAGCAUGUAUCGGAGAUGCGAUUUGACAUCUGCCUGGACCGGGUCGGGGAUUUGGAGGUCCCCACGCCCUGGGUCAAGUCCGAUCGCGGCAAGGUUGACAAGGAUGUGCUGCUAGGCAUUGACGGGGCUUUGUUUGCCAAGGAAGAAGGCCAUGCGCACGCCGGCGAUAGUCAUGACCACGACCACGACCACGAUCACGAUCACCACGAGCGCAAGAACGAUCAUCAGUCCGAGGUGGAGGUCCUCUCUCUCACGCUCAAGUCGACCAACUCCACUCAGAUUAUCGACAUCCCGGCUCUGGAGCAGCUACUUCGCUCCGCGUCUAAGGAAGAAGUUUACCGCAUCAAGGGUAUCAUGCGGUGUUCGACUAGCGCGCCUCCGGCCGAAUCCUCGGAAGAUCAGGCCGCCGUGAAGACCACUUCGACAGGCGAGGCUGACACUCGCUAUUACAUUCUGAACUGGGCUUUCGGUCGCUGGACCUUCACACCUUCGGACAUCGUCGCUGAAAAUGCUGACCCCGCUGUGGUAGCCCGGAUUACGUUCAUCUUGGCCCGCUAUGAGUCUGCCAAGUGGAAGAAGAAGCUCGAAGCCGGCGGGCUCGUACACGUCGCUGGAGCCAAUGACGCCGAGUUGGCUGUGGAGCGACUGCUCUAAGUGGUUUGAUAUGCUCUACCUUCAUGCUGUUACCUACCAUAUACGAUGCACAGGGGCUGGCUCCUGUGCAUGAUGAUUGUCUGCACUAAACCUUAGUUUCUCGAUUUCAAUGUUCGGCACAUGACUUAUGACGGAGGACGAAACGGUGGGGAGGCUUCGGAGGAAUCGUUCGGUGCUAUAAUAGUUAGAUUUGACUCCCAUAGAGAAUAGACAACUUCUAGAGAUUGAAGGGAGGGCCAGGAGCACAGCAGUAAUGGACGAGGUCUAAUCAACG